GAGAAUGUAUCCCAGACACGUUUGUGCGCAUCAACUUCAGCCGAGGCAGGUUUUGGAACGCGCCGAACGCGCCAUUGCAUUCCCUAUCAGUAUAAUCACGACUUCCCCAUUGAUAUGUUGUCGCCAUGAGCGAACCUGUUGAUGGUGCGAUCGAUGUUGCCGCACCCAUAGAUGCUUCCUCGACCCCAACCUCCUCCAAUGCCGACACCAUCGCCCAGGGCAAGGAACGGGCCAAAGAAGUGUUGGCGGCCUCUGGCAUAGACGUCGCAAAGAAUGAAACAACGCCAGACACCAAUGGCCACAGCGACAUAGCUGGCGCCAAUCGCAAGCGCAAACGCGAAACCCCGAUCGAACGCAUCCAAGCAGACGAAUAUGUCCAGCGCGAAUACCAGUACAAAGCUCUUCUGGCAGAGCAACUGAACCACCCGGUGUUGUCGCAGCAAAAGAAACAAGAGCUAGCAUUCUAUCAAAGCUUACGACCGAGACGCGAACAUGACUCCGGCUCGAUUUUUGGAUAUGGCUAUGAAGGUUUUGGCAAUCCCAGGACAGACGAGAAGAAUCUCCGCGAUCCCAUUGUUUACCCCAGACAGAGGAGACCCGGCAAGCGGAAGACUCUUCCACCACGCGUGCCCCGGAAAGACCAGCUCAAUCAGGCUGAACAGAACGAAGAACUCAUCCCAGUUCGACUUGACGUCGAUUGGGGCAAGAUAAAAUUGCGCGACACAUUGACCUGGAAUUUGUACGAUCGCACAACUUCCAUCGAUUACUUUUCCGAAAAGCUUGUGGAAGACUUUGGGCUCGAGGUCCAGCACUGUCGUCCACUCGUCCAGGCCGUGGCCGCCAGCAUACGCGAACAAAUAUCCGAUUACUGUCCUCAGAUAUACACAGACGAGGAGCCAUCUGAGCCAUCAUUACCAUAUUAUGCCUACAAAAAUGACGAGCAGCGCAUUCUGAUCAAACUCAACAUCACCAUUGGCCAGAACACACUCAUAGACCAGUUCGAGUGGGAGAUCAACAACCCCUAUAACUCUCCCGAAGAAUUUGCCCGCCAGAUGACCAACGACUUAUCGCUGGCAGGCGAGUUCACCACUGCCAUCGCCCAUUGUAUACGGGAACAGUGCCAAAUGUUCUCCAAGUCCCUGCAUAUCACGGGCUAUCCAUUCGACGGUCGACUCAUUGAAGAUCCAGAUCUGAGAGAAAACUUCCUACAAUCUCCCUUGCCUGUUACAUUCCGACCAUAUCAGUCUGCCAAAGACUAUACUCCAUAUCUAUACGAGCUCAAUGAAGCAGAUCUCGAGCGAACGGAGCUAUCCAUCUCCCGAGAACAGAGGAGGCAGAAAAGGUCGACUAACCGCCGUGGUGGUCCUGCUCUUCCGGACCUGAAGGACCGCCAACGAACGAUAAGGUCGCUCGUGGUUUCUACCGUCAUUCCGGGAGGCGCGCUUAGCAUGGAAGAAAGCCGCAUAUUCAGGGUCGCCAAAGCUAUACGCAGAUCUGGCCGUGCCGCAGGUCAACGAGAUGGCUUCGAAGAAACUGACGAUUCAGACAGCGAGGACUCUGGUCCGGAUUCACCAGCGAUCCCCACGCACCUGCUUCAGCAAGGUACUCGCGUUAGAAGUGCGCGCAAUGCGGCCUUGACGGCGACAGCGGGUAUUCGUUCCAAUUUGAGCGGCUUUGCUUCUGUAAGAUCAGCAACACCGGAGUCCGUGGCACCCUCGCAACAUGAAGGACGAGCGUCCGUAAGGAAGAAGCUCAAUUACAAGGAAGAAAGCGACGAUGAGUCUGGUUCUGAGAAGCUAGUUGUCGUGUUGAAGCUCGGGAAGGCCAAGAUGCGUGAGUGGGCACGUACACAGCGACUUAAAGACCGGGCAGCUUUGGUCUCCAAUGGCUCAAAUCAAGGCAGUCCUCGACCUGGUACGCACUCGAGGUCUGUAUCGGCCGCACCACCGGCACCGCUGAAUCUGGCUGCAAUGCCGCCACCACCUUCACCUGCCCCUACUCCGGCAGAGAUCCCUGGUGCUGUGGAUGCUACCUGGCAUCCUCCAGGCCCUGCACAUCCUGCUCCUGCGCCACCAAUUUGGCUCCUCCAAGAUCUACAGCGACUGCAGAAGUCUUAUCCCAAUGAUCGUUUCGAGGCACUUAUGAAACAUACGGCCGUCGACCCGAAGACGCACAAACUCGUCACUCCUACUGAGACGAACCGGUCAUUUGCACAUAAGUAUGUGCCACGGAUUCGAUGUCCCGACUGCCCUGGGAAGACAUAUAUGCCGGGUCCCGGUGCGACAGCAGAAGGAUUUGAGGCUCAUUUGAAAAAUCGCGGUCACAGAGCCAUAGUGGAGGAGCGGAUGGCCAAGGGCUGAAUUUGAUAGCGAUAUAUCCUUAAAAGAACCGUUUGGAGAAAU